CGGGCGGAUGGAGCGGAGUGCCGAGGUGAGCGCUGCCCGGCCGGUAGGUCCCUAUGGGCCUGCCCACGGCCACCCGCGACCAAAAAGGGCCCCCGACGUCCCUGGGGGUCUCUUAGCAAUGGCCACAGAAGCCCCUGUGAAUGUAGCUCCUCCUGAAUGCAGCACGGCUGUCGGCACAGCAGCUGACAGCUUCAUCUGGCAGCCAAACUCGCUGAACAUGCACGUCACAAGGCCCAAGUCCGCCAAGGGACGUACACGGCCGAGUCUGCACAAACCCCAGGGCACGGGGGUGUGCUCUCACCGCACACCAGCUUCUCCACCUCCAGCCAUUCCCUGCGAGUUGCCAACCAGCCAGAAACCAGGAGCCUGUGCACCCAGAUCUCCAAAUCAGGGAGCUCCUGAUGAGGUCCCUGAGCUGCUGCCGCAGGUACACAUAGGGGCUUCCUCUUCCCUCAAUAAAUACCCAGUCCUUCCUUCCAUCCACAGAAAGACUCUGGAAGAGGGGGCUGUGGAAACAGUAGCUACCAAGGCCAGCUCACUGCAACUGAGCAGCGUCCAGGCUCUUUACCGAGGGGAGACCUACACGAAGAAGACAAGCAAAGAUGACUCCAGGGCCCCAGCUUGCCCCCCCGAGAGGAAACUCAUCGUCCAAACCAGGAGACGGACCUCCUUCGGGGCUGGAGACCUCGAGGAACCAUCAGAUCAAGAGCCCAGGCUGCUGCUUGCUGUCAGAUCACCGUCAGGCCGAAGGUUCGUCCGCCAUUUCCGGCCAACUGAUAACUUACAGACCGUCAUUGCCGUGGCCGAACACAAGAACAAGGCCACCUACCCACACUGCAGCAUUGAGACGAUGGAAGUGCCCCGGAGACGUUUCUCUGACCUCACCAAAUCUCUCCAAGAGUGCAGAAUCCCCCACAAGUCAGUGCUGGGCAUCUCACAGGAAGACGGGAAGGGGUGGCCCCGUGUCCACAGCCACGCAGCUGGGGUCCUGGGUCUCUGAGCAGGGGGCAUGCUCAGGUGCUGUGGCCCCCUGGGCAGAUGGUUCUAAGUGCCAUGUAAACGUGGUGCCGCUGUGAUUCUCGGGACUCUUGUCUUCACGCAUCUCCUCCGAAGCAGUGAAACGUGUACGUGCACCCUGCGCUCUAAGAAGAUUCUCUUCCUGUUGUUAAUUUCUUUCCACCCCUGGAAUGAACUGGCAAGUCACCAGGACUGUUCCUGGAACAGCUGUGACUAGGCCUCCUCCUUCCCAGUUUUGGGUCCUUUUUACAAUGAACUCUCACUCUCUUGAAGCCAAUGGUUUGCCUUUCUGUAUUUGAUGCAGGGUUAAACACUUCCCAGAGAGGAUUCUAGUCUGGUAAAUAGCCAGGGUUCAGGAAAUGCUGAACUAGCAUUUGUAUUUCUUGCAAGCAUCUUUAAGAAACCGGCAGUGACCCUAUCUUGGAAACAGCCCCUUUGCUGGACUUGGGUGGCUAGAGUUUCUUGGGGUUUACUGUUUGUGUGAGGUGGCUGCAGAGGAAAGAACAGGUCUUUUGCUCAUACAAAUCCCCCACUACAUCAGCAUUUUUAAAGCAGCCUGAGAGCUGGACAGCAAAUGGCUCCCACAACCAUGGAUUAGCCAGUAGCUCUUUUUAAAUAGAGACUGACUGACCAGGUUUACAGCUUUUGGUAGCUCCUUUCUGUGCGCAAAAUUCAUCCAAAACUGAGCAAAUCCAGUGUAAUCUGACACCUUUCGCUUUUGUCAGUUAUGGGAUCUCUUGUAAUUGUAUAAACUUAUAAUUCUGUACAAAUUUGUACUGAAGGCCCCCCUGGCUUAUCUGGGUGUGGAUACAUUGUUUCAUCCCCCAGUUUCAGUGUCUCCCCUGCUUCAAUCACAGAGGCUCCAGGCAGUGGCCCUGUUCUCUGAUUAAAAAUCCUCCUCCAGAGGAGGAGGGCACCUCAGUUUGGUGUCACUUGCUGUGCCUGUGCUAGUGGCCAUAUGCUCCAGUGUCUGAUUAAUCAGCACGAAGCACAUGUGACCACCUGAGCCUGGAGCUGCACUGAGGACCACAGAGUCUUGUUUUUCCAACUCUGAGUGGUGGUGCAGACAAUCUGCCAAAGUUCCCUUGUAUAGCGAGUUCAGCAAGACUCCCACGUCUCAUCUGGAUCCCCUUUGUGGCCAAAUCACUACUCCGGGUAGGGAAACAUGUCCCCCCAGAGCUCAGUCAUCCUGAAGCCCUGGGGACGGAUACGCACACAGAGAAGGCAUCGUUCUAGAAGCAUAUUGUUGUUGCUACCUCAGCAACAAGGGCAUCUUGUGCUUAAAUAAGGCCAUGUGGCUGGAAAUGUGACUUCCGGCUAAUCGAUACUUAGCCACAGAAAUGAGCACCACCAUUAUUUCUCCUGAAAAAGGCUCACCUUGUUCUAGCUGCAUCCCACACCGCCCAGAUCACUCUAGAGUAGGUUAUUUCUGAAUGUUUUGCAAAGUUUCUUUAGUCCAUCAGGGUUUGGUCAGCAGUUCCUUUGACUGCAAAGGUCAGCUGGGGCUUGGGGAGCCUUGGGCAGCCCAUGUACCUGGCCAGGUCUCCCAGUUACUGACCACGGCAGAAGGGACAGUGUCUUGAGCCAGGUACUCACAGUACAGGAGUUUCACCUCCUACCCAGGACUCAAGUGCAUAACUGCCUUUGAUCUAGCAGGCUGGGGAAAGAGCCUCCCACAGAAUCACACCUACUCUGUGGUAAGAAUAAAAUCCCACCCACCUGGGAUUUGGUAAUUUCACCAGGCAGGAAAUCUUUAGAAAACUUCAGUGAAAUGGGGCACGUUUGAAGGAGUUAGAACCUUCUGCACUUAGGGGUUUGCUGCUUCUAUUUAGCUUAGAAUUUGGGAGUGGUUAAAAAAAUGGAAGGCAGGAAGCAUAGAAAUAUUUUAGGAUAUGUGAAAAAGCUAGAUUUGAACCAGCUUAAUAAACUGGUGCUUUUGGUGGGGCUUUUUUGGGACAAAAGAUGAUGAACCUAACAAUAAAAACUGAUUUGUGUUAAACUGAGUUGACAGAGAAGCGUAUCUUGUAUUUUAGCCCAAGACGUCGGCUACCACAAAUGUAGUGGACAGGGGGGUUUGUUAACCUGACCUUCAGUUUUCUUCUUGGCAAAGCACGUGGCUCUUCUGGUAGCCCCAAGUCUUCUUCCCCAGGCCCAUCUCUCCAGAAGGCCACCUCUCCCAUAGCUCUUGCUUGCAGCUUAUAUCAUAGGACUAAGCUUGUCUGUAGGGGCGGAGUCUCCUAAAAUUCUCCUAAAAAUCAUUCCUUUUGAGGUUGGCAAGAGCAGACUGCCAGAAUUUCUGAGUCCUUGAUGGCUUUGCUUGCUGCAUGGCCAAUGAGGCACCCCGGCCUAAUGGGCCAGGCUGAGCCCAGAGCUCUCCUCCUGGUGGUUCUGGGUAGGUCAGCUUUACCCACUUGGUGGUCACAGACCUCAGUCACUCAUUUAACCAACAGUCUUUGUGGUGCCACACCCCUGGCGAUCAGCACGGGCCCCCUAGCAAGAAAGCACUGGCAGGAAAAUGUGGAACCACCUCCGGACCC